AUGUAUCUGGACCGACAACAACGUAUUUUGUCAAUUGUCUCUCGAACAACUUUACAGCUUCAACAGCAACACGUUCAACCCAACAACAACAACAAACGCAGAAUGCUCGACAUGUCAUCAUUUAGUCAUCAAUCAUCAGCAAAAUCCGAACAUACCAAAAACUACUCAACAAACAUUGUAUGUUCCAUUAAAGCAUCGUUUCUUCGAUUUGAUUCCGAAAGAAGUGAUGCAAAUAAUAGUUGCAAUAAAACAUUUUUCCGAAGGUGUCGUACCUCCUCAAUUUGCUCAGUUUUGUCGUCGACCACUUGUUGCUCGAUUAAUUCGAUCUUUGGUGAACGCAUUAAAAACAGUUUUUGUCAUUCUAAUAUCACCACUAAUCUUCAUCUACUCACUGUCAGCAGAUAUUCAAUUCAUCUCUAUGAUGGGACUAUGCUCUAUUAUUGGAGUGGCAAUAACAGUUGCCUCAUUUCUUUAUACUAUCAUAAAAAAAACCUAGUAAAUGAGCAAAAAGACCAGCACAUACAUCUUCUGUUCGAUGCCAUUUAUAAACAAUUAACAGAAAAAAACAAUUUGACGGCUGAUAUUCUUCUUUAUACUGGUGAUUCAACAAUUAGACGUACAAAUUCUAUUCAAUUACUUCGAAUUGGCAAAAAGGUUGUUGUUGGUGUAACUGAUGGUAUUAUGAUAGAAAAUAAAGUAUUAGCUAAAGCAAGUGAACCUGUCAUUAAUUUUAUGUCAAAUUUUUGGUCAUCUUUUGACUCAAUUCGACCAAAUAUUAAUGCAUAUCGUGAGUCUAUCGGAAACGUAUGUAGUUCAUCAACAAUAAUGGCCGAUUUGAAUUGUAUUAUUCUUGCUGAUGAAAGGCAACAGGAUGCUUUUCAAGUUGAUAAACAAAGACAAGAAAAUGGCUUAUCUCAAUUUGCCGUUCAUAUUGUACCAAUGAUUUCAGCAGAUAAAGAUAAUCAAGAUCAAGAUAAAAAAUUAAGUUUAAUUUCAUUUCGACAACAAGUGCUCAAUAUUCUUCUAAAAUCAAGAUUGCAGUCAGUCGAAUCAAAUCUACCGUGUAUUAUUAAUGGUGUAAGUAUAGAAGGAUCAAUCAACGCUCGUCGAAUAGAAAACCUUGGUGCUGGUAUUAGUAAAUGUGAUAAACUAGGUCAUAAAACAUACAAAAUCGAUACUGAUGCUUAUAAAAAGAUAAACGAAAAAUUUGGUAAAGAUAUUAUUAAUUCAAUUGAUAGAGAAAUCGAUCGAAAAUUUGUUGAUAAAAAAGUUUUUCAAUCAUCUGAUGAACUUAAAAUAUUAACUGAUAUCUUUUGGAAUCUUGUUUUACAUUUGAUGCAACGAAUUGUUGAAUAUUUAUUUAAAGAAGCUCAACGUACAAUUGUACUUGAUGCAAUUCUAUUACUUGAAGCAACAAAGAUUAUAGUGCCAAUGAAACAUGGAUACUGCAUCUAUGACUACCAAAAAAGUUAUUCGAUGUACUGUAGAAUCUUAUAA